AAAACACACCGUUUCACAUCCGGACGAGUUAGCAAUAUUUCAAUCUCCAAUCGCCAUCUUCUUCUCCCGAGUAGAAUUUUUGAAGAUCUCAUCGCUCCCAGUUUCUCUUCACAGCUGACUUAAACCUCUAAAUCCCUCCUCGCUCUUCCACCGCAACCCACUGAGUGACGCAGCUUUGAAGACAUAGAAGAAGAGAUGGAUACCAAUUCAGUUAAAUCAACUCUAUCUAAUUUAGCAUUUGGGAAUGUAAUGGCAGCAGCUGCUCGUGAUUAUCAGAAGGAAUUACUUGCUCAAGAGAAGGCACAAGUGUCACAUUCAGUCAAUGAGGAGCUGGACCUUGAUGAAUUGAUGGAUGAUCCUGAACUUGAAAAAUUGCACGCAGAGAGGAUUGCAGCUCUCAAGAAAGAAGCUGAGAAGCGAGAAGCAUUAAAGAGGGAAGGGCAUGGAGAAUAUAGAGAGAUUACUGAGGAAGACUUCCUUGGUGAAGUCACUGGUAGUGAAAAAGUUAUCUGCCACUUCUACCAUAAAGAAUUUUACCGAUGCAAGAUAAUGGACAAGCAUUUGAAGGCCCUUGCACCAAGGCAUAUGGAUACUAAGUUUAUCAAGCUGGAUGCAGAGAAUGCUCCAUUCUUUGUCAACAAACUUGGAGUGAAGACUUUACCUUGUGUCAUACUGUUCAGAAAAGGAAUUGCAAUAGAUAGAUUGAUUGGAUUUCAAGAUCUGGGAACAAAGGAUGAUUUCAGCACAAGGACACUCGAGUCUCUCCUAAUAAAGAAAGGUAUAAUUAGUGACAAGAAAAACGAUGAAGAUGACGAGGAUGAUGAGGAUCAGAAAACAAGCAGGACGGUGAGGUCAUCUGUGAAUCAGGACUCGGAUUCAGAUUGAAAGCAGCAAAGACAUCAGUUGCACUGGGGGGUUUUCAACUUUUUGAUGAUCAUUUCCAUAGAAACUUCAUGUUGGCAAAACGAAAUUUAAUUGAACUUGCCAUUGAAGCCCAUGGGAAAAUGUGGUUAAUGCAAUUUCUGAGUGUUCAAGCUUUUGUGAAAAUACUAGAAUAUUAAAAUAUGGAAUGAGUAUAUUCUAUUAUAUGUAAUAUCUAAGUUUUAGUCA